GCCGAGGUGCUGCUGUCGCUGGACUGGGAGCGCCGCUUCGACCACAUGCAGCAGCAUUCAGGGCAGCAUCUCAUCACUGCCAUUGCGGAACAGAUGUUUGGCUUCAAGACAACUUCGUGGGAGCUGGGCCGCCAGAGGAGCCUCAUUGAGCUGGACACCCCCAAGGUCACCGUGGAGCAGGUCAAGGCCCUGGAGAGCAGUGUGAAUGAGAAGAUCCGGGGCAGGGUCCCUGUGUCAGUGAGGGAACUGCCUGUGGGAGACCCCGAAAUCGAGACAAUGAGGCACCGGGGGCUGCCUGAGGACCACGCGGGGCCUGUGCGUGUUGUGGACAUUGAGGGCAUCGACUCCAACCUGUGCUGUGGCACCCAUGUCUCCAACCUCAGUGACCUGCAGGUUAUUAAACUCCUUGGCACAGAAAAAGGGAAGAAGAACAAAACCAACUUGGUUUUCCUGGUGGGAAACAGAGUGCUGAAGUCAAUCGAGCAGAGUCACAGCACUGAGAAGGCUCUGACCUCCCUGCUCAAAAAUGGACCAGGAGAGCACGUAGAGGCUGUGAAGAGACUGCAGAGCUCUGUGAAACUGCUGCAGAAGAACAACCUGAACCUGCUCAGAGACAUUGCUGUUCUGAUAGCUCAGGACUUCAAGAGCAAACCUGCUCCAGAGCAGCUGUUUGUGCUGCACAGGAAAGAGGGUGAUUCUGAAUUCAUGAACAUCAUCGCUAAUGAGAUCGGGACAGAGGAAACCCUGCUGUUCCUGACUGUGGGAGAUGAAAAAGAAGCAGGACUCUUCCUUCUAGCUGGACCUGUUGAAGCUGUUGAGAAUUUAGGUCCCAGGGUAGCAGAGCUGCUGGGGGGGAAAGGAGCUGGAAAGCGUGGCCGCUUCCAGGGCAAGGCAACCAAGAUGAGCCGCCGAGGGGAAGUGCAAGCUCUUCUCCAGGAAUUCAUCAGCCAUCGAAGCCCUGAAGCAUAG